AAGGAGCUACUGGUGUACUAGAAAGUCUAGCAGUGGAACUACGCAGUCUUGUGCAAAGCACAUUAAUUCAUUUCUGAUAUAUCAACUUUCUGGCCUUUCACUUUGCAUAUAAUCUCAAAUCAUUUCUCAAGCUCAUAUAUUGCUAUUUGUUCGAUGAUUCACAUCGUGCGUUAUUAUCUCUCUGAGCACCCUUCUGUUGUAAAUUUUCGUUGGAGUCACAGCCAAUCAUGGGGUAACACGUGGUUCUUCCUCUUCACCUCUAUUGCAGCCUAUGUUAUCUUCUCCCUCUUCCUCCACCUUUUUCUUUGCCUCCUCUUCCGUAACCGCCGUCCUCUCCCUCUCGGCCCCAUCCCCGCCGUUCACUCCCUCUCUAUGGUCCUAAUCUCCCUCACCAUCUUCACCGGAAUACUCCUCUCCGCCGCCGCUGAAAUCCGCGAAACUCGCUGGUUCUGGCGCCGUAACAAAACCACCACUUUCCAGUGGCUCCUCUGUUUCCCUCUCGGCACGCGCCCUUCCGGACGCGUCUUCUUUUGGUCCUACAUUUUCUACCUAUCUCGCUUCCUCCACACGCUACGUACUUUCUUCUCCAUUCUCCGGCGUCGAAGACUCUCCUUCUUUCAACUCUUCAACCACUCCAUACUCAUAUUUAUGUCCUUCCUGUGGCUAGAAUUCUCGCAAUCGUUUCAAGUACUAGCAAUACUAUUUACAACGUUUUUAUAUUCUGUUGUUUACGGUUACAGAUUCUGGACCGCGAUUGGAUUGCCAAGCGCGUGCUUCCCGUUUGUUGUAAGCUGUCAGAUUCUGUUACUGGGAUGUAACGUUCUGUGCCAUGUUGGGGUUCUUUUGCUCCAUUUCAUGAAAGGUGGGUGUAACGGAAUUGGGGCAUGGGUUUUCAAUUCAGUGCUCAAUGCUGCUAUUCUAUUUUUAUUCCUCAAUUUUUAUGUGAAGAAUAGAAAUGGUGUAAAAGAUACUGAAAUUUUGGACUCUCUGAAGAAUAAUGAUAGUUGAAGUACAUCCAACAGUUUGUCUACUUUUUUUUGUUUUUCACAAAAUUUUGUAUUGAAGUUAUGUCAGUUGGGUUGUAAAUUAUGUUAAAAGGAA